CUCUGACAGUUUAACUUAGAUAGUAGAAGGAGAAGCAUUGAAUUGGUCAGCAGUGUGGGUGGCAGUUGAAUCAUAAAAAAAUUGCGGCUUAAAUAUUUUCAUUGAUUGUGGUCAAGUUUCGAUAAAUGACAGGGACUCUAAGCUUGAAAAUGGCAGGGAUUCCGUUAGUAUGCACUGGCGACUACAAUAGUCUAGUAAAUGCAAUUGAUCGUGGUGAUAUCAACUCAUUCCGCAAUGCACUAAAUUCAGUAUCAGAAGCUGAAAAACGUAAAAUAUUUGAAGUGGCUUGCAGAACGCCAGGCAGCGCCCAAUUUAUUGACGUGUGUAUUUCAGCCGGUUCUGAUUUGAAUGGCGAAGUCAAUAAACGACCAAUUAUUUUUGUUGCCGUAUCGUAUUGCGAAGAGAAUGUGGCCGCUCUGCUAAAAUAUCCAAGUGUUGAUGUGGAUGCAGUUUAUUCUUCUUUUAAAUUGACGCCAUUACAUGUCCUUACUGAACAAAUAACCGAUGAUAGUUUUCCAAACAUCUUGCCGUGUGUCAAACUGCUGAUUCAAAGCGGCGCCAGCGUGGAGUUGCCUGACUGGCAAGAUAGAACUCCAAUUGAGCUUAUCCUAAAGAAUCCACACCUGAAUAUUGCCAAUCAAGAAGUGAUUUUGAGAAACUUAAAAUUGCCAAAUAACAUUCAGAUCAACGAAGAAUGGGAUUUCAUUCGUCUGCUAUUCUCAUUGAAGAAUAAGAAAGUGGAGGAAUUCCUUGAAGGCUUGAAGCAAGCUCAAAAAAGUGAAGAGAUGCUUCAAGAGCUGUUUACUGCUUCCGUGGGCAUAGAAACACUUAUGACUGUUGCUGCUCAUGAAGAUUUAGUGACGGCGUUGGAAAAAAUGAUUCAACUAGGAGCCGAUGUAAAUUUCGUUGACGACACCAAAAAAGAUGCUUUGUCGCCGGCACAAAGUUCGUGUGAUCGUGGUCACUGGAAAUCGUUGGAUAUCUUAUUAAAAACACCAGAAUUGGAUGUAAACUCAGCACCACUGUUGCAUACUGUUGUGCUAAAUUCCAGAAACGAGGCAUCAGAGAACGUCGAUUACGAAAAAUGUUUGCAAAUGCUAUUGGAUCAUCCAGAUAUUGAUAUUAACCUGCAAGAUGAAUACAAUCAUUCCGCACUUCAUUGUGCCAUUCAGUGGAAUAAAUCUAAAGCAGCUCAUGAGCUAUUAGAACGAGGAGCCUUCAUUGGUGGGCAAAAUGUAUGGAGUGAUUGUACAAUCUCACGUAUUGAUCCCAAUGUGCUUGAGGAACACUUUGACAGUUGUAUCACAGCCAAUGAUUUACAAACGAAUGAUACAAGUUUCGAAAUUGAAUUCGAUUUUAAAAACCUAGUUCCAGACGCAACUUCACAAAUAAAGAGUAUUGCUGAUGAAAUGGGUGUGAUUGAAUACAUGUCAAAAUCAAAUGAGCUCAAGCAUUUGACAAUGCAUCCACUUAUUGCAAGUUUCCUGUCCUUGAAAUGGAAAGGAAUGGCACCAUUCUACUAUGUAAAUUUCUUCUUGUGUGCACUGCACGCUUUUAUCACUAUUACAUAUAUUUUGGUGUAUUACAACUACCAUGAACAAAAUACCGUGAUGCGUGUGAUCAUAUUACUGUUAACUAUUCACAUCGCGGUGCGGGAAAUAUUGCAACUUAAUUGUUCGCCGUACAUCUAUUUAAAGUGUUCAGAAAAUUACUUUGAAUGGGCAAUGAUCGUGCUGGUCACAUUGGUUUUGUCCGAUAUUUGUUCAGAUACUUGGCGUCGUAUUUUUGCAGCUUCAUCAAUUUUACUGAUUGCAAUAGAAAUCUUCCUUCUGGCUGGGUCACUGCCAUUUUGGUCUUUUUGCACUCACUACGUUAUGCUGAAAACGGUAAGCUGGAGCUUCUUGAAAAGUUUGUUACUGUAUGCCAUCAUUCCAUUGGCAUUUUCUCUUUCGUUCUUCACAUUGUUAAAUGAGCCAUUGGAAGAGAGUAUGAACAGUGCAAAAGGAAACACGAGUAGUGACAACGACGAUAAAGACUUCAAUAAAUUCUCGAAUCUCGGGCUGUCAAUCAUGAAGACGUUGGUGAUGUCCACGGGUGAAUUCGACGCUGCAAGCAUCAAUUUUAAAAACGCUUUUAAUUGCAUCGUUUUCAUGAUUUUUGUAUUUAUUGUUAUAAUUGUUCUUCUGAAUUUGUUGAACGGCUUGGCGGUGAGCGAUACGCAGACGAUUAAAUCGGAAGCUGAACUAACGAAUUUCAUAGGAUGUGUACAGGUUUUGGCUUGCUAU